CACAAACAGGAGCAGCUUUUUUUCAGACAAUGAGGUCAAAUGACACGGUAGCUCGUUAGUCCACCACACGCUUAUCCGCUUGUGUCUCACGUCGCUUUAGUGUCUCUGUUGACAUUUAUCCGUGAAAAAGAAAAAAACUCUUCAGCCGUGGACCGACUCGCGUGGAGUCAGCCGGUUAACGUUAACGGUUAACGUCAACCGUUAAAAAAACGUUAGCUCGGUCGGCUAACAGCUGUCACAGUCGACGUCAGCACAAAUCCUUAAACUGCAACAAAGUAAGAAAAACAAAAACAUCAUCCACUUUAUGAGGGAGUCACCUGAAGCGACGCCGCUCCUACAAUGAGGAGACUGACCAGGAAGAAGGCUCUGACUCUGGUGAAGGAGCUGGACGCUUUCCCCAAAGUUCCCGAGAGCUACGUGGAGUCCACGGCCAGCGGCGGGACAGUGUCUCUCAUAGCAUUCACCUUCAUGGCUGCCCUUGCCUUCCUGGAGUUCUUUGUGUACAGAGACACAUGGAUGAAGUAUGAGUAUGAGGUGGACAAAGACUACAGCAGUAAACUGAGGAUUAAUGUUGACAUCACAGUGGCCAUGAGAUGUCAAUAUAUCGGUGCAGAUGUCCUGGAUCUGGCAGAGACUAUGGUUGCCUCUGAUGGGUUAAAAUAUGAACCAGUUAACUUUGAGCUCUCUCCACAGCAAAGAUUAUGGCACAUGACUCUUCUGCACAUCCAGGAGCGUCUGAAGGUGGAGCACUCUCUCCAGGAUGUCCUCUUCAAGGCUGCAAUUAAAGGAGCUCCACCUGUUCCGCCUCAAAGUGUAGACACUUCCACCUCGCUCACCGCCUGCAGAAUACACGGACAUCUCUACGUCAACAAGGUGGCAGGAAAUUUCCACAUUACUGUUGGCAAGUCCAUCCCACAUCCCAGAGGCCAUGCACAUCUAGCUGCACUAGUUAGCCACGACUCUUAUAACUUUUCUCACCGGAUUGACCACCUGUCCUUCGGAGAAGUGAUCCCUGGGAUUAUCAGCCCUCUGGACGGCACAGAGAAAGUCACUGCUGAAGAGAACCACAUGUUUCAGUACUUCGUCACCAUCGUGCCAACCAAACUGAACACGUACAAAGUCUCUGCAGACACACAUCAGUACUCCGUCACCGAGCAGGACAGAGUGAUAAACCAUGCUGCCGGCAGCCAUGGAGUCUCCGGGAUCUUUAUGAAAUAUGAUAUCAGCUCACUAAUGGUCAAAGUCACAGAGCAGCACAUGCCUCUAUGGCAGUUUCUCGUCAGACUCUGUGGCAUCAUCGGAGGCAUUUUCUCCACCACAGGCAUGCUCCACGGUAUGGUCGGAUUCUUGCUCGAUGUGAUUUGCUGUCGUUUCCAGAUGGGAGUCUACAGACCUCUUAAGGAGGAUCCUCCGAAUGAACAGAAAAACAGCGAGACACCGAUUCCUACAGAAAACUACACUAACUGAGUCUCGCUCAACCAUCUUGGCCUCUCCCACGAGAUGCUGCAAACAUGUUUACAAGUUGUUUUAUUAUCUGCCUGCUUUGUUUGGGAAAAGUGUAAAUAUUUGUAAGAUUUUUUUAAAAAGUUUGUUAUUGGAUGGGUGUAAGAUUCAGACAAGACCGUUCAUCCACCUGUGAAGGAUUUUAAACAUCACCUCCACUUAGCAUCUGAGACUUUCACUGGAGCACAGCCGGCUAAAUUCAACGUUAUUUACAUCAUCAUUGUAGAUCUGACUUCUUUGAAUAGACGGUACACACAGGUGUGUUGACCUUUUCUCUGGGUUGUGUGGUCAUGUUUAUUUUUGAUUGACAUCAGCCUGACAAUGAAGAUAAUGUGAAAGAGUUAUUUUAUUUCUGAGUGUUUUUUUUUUUUCUGAUUCUCUAAUGAAGUUUGGUGACCUCAGAAAACUGCCAACAUGACUGCUCCACUUGAAACAGAAAAGAGGCUUAAUCAGCUAGAUUAAAGGAAGUGUGUGUGUGAGAGUGAGUGAAGGGUAAAAUAUUUAAGGGUUUUAAUUUGUUACACAAGUGUGCCUAUGUGUAAAUGAUUGUUGCAAAUAUGGGGCAGAUUUGUUAAAUAAAAUCCACUGAAAAUAACGUUAAUAAGUCUAAUCUAGUGCUUCAGCCAAAAG